UCAAGUCCUACCACCACCACCCGUCACUCGUCAGGCCCACCACCUCUCCUUCAAAAAUUCCAGUCCCCCCAUCCCCACUUAACCUAUCAAUUCUCCCUCGCAUCCUCUCUCUCGAUACGUCGUCGCCACCCCCAUUCUCAAUGGCUUGUUUUGGAAACGUGAAGACCUGAUUUUGCAGGCCCGGCCCAGAGACUCCAGUUCAGCUAUUUAUUUAUGGCCUCACACCUUCCAGUCAACGACCCGGACUCCGGCCUCCCCGACUCCGUCGCCUCCACUCCACGCUCCGACCACCACCAUCUCCUCCAUGAAGACAGCACCGCCUCUGCUCUGCAAGCGCGAAUCCGUUUUAUGUGCAGCUUCGGUGGCAAAAUCCUCCCCCGCCCACAUGACAACCAGCUCCGCUACGUCGGUGGCGACACCCGUAUCGUCGCCGUUCACCGCCACACCACCUUCGCCGCUCUACUGUCCAAACUCUCCAAGCUCGCAGGUACCACCAAUAUCAACAUAAAGUACCAGCUUCCAAACGAGGACCUGGACGCACUCAUCACUGUCACGGCUGAUGAAGACGUUGAAAACAUGAUGGAAGAAUACGAUCGGCUGAGUCAGGGCCAGAAAUCGGCUCGGCUCAGGCUCUUUCUUUUCCCCGCUGAUAGUAAUGAUUCCAGGGCUACCAGUAUUAAUUCACUCCUUGAUGGCUCGGCUAAGCGCGAGAACUGGUUUGUGGACGCUCUCAACGGUGGACAGGGCUCCGGACCGGUUCUUGAGCGCGGCAGGUCUGAGGUGUCGUCUAUUGUGUCUGAAGUGCCGGAUUAUUUGUUCGGGUUGGAUAAUUCGGAUGAUGUUUCGAAAGAAACCACCAAGAUCAGAAACAAAAACCUUUUGAACGACAACAUAUCAAUGUCCGACCCGGGUUCACCCGCUCCAGCUGUUUCUUCACCGUUCUGCUCCACGUCAUCAUCGCUUGCCCCACCUGUAAUUCCGGAUCUUCCGCCGGUGAAAACCAAACCCGUAAACACGGUUCAAUUUGUGGAAAACAAGGAAAGUGAAAUGGUAAACGAGAAAAUGGUCUCUCAACCGAUCGGGUUUCCGGGUGGUGCAAUGUGGCAUUACCCAAAUCCAGCUAUGCAGCCCGUUCCUGCAGUAUAUUACGUGCCUGGAAGUCAUGUUCAAGCCGGGAACGCUUCCGUUCAACCGGUUCCUAUUCGGGCACAGUUCGUCCAACCAUACCCGGUAGCACAGGGUCAAGUACCCAUGGGGUUUCCAGGCGUGAAUCAAGUAUAUGGAGCAGGUGUGAGGCCCUACGAUAUGCCUGCUCGAAUCAUCACCGACAAUGCAAGUCAGGCAAUGUACUAUGGGGCAAGAAACAUGGCCGUUGUACCUGGUUCUUACCCGGGAAUGGUGGUUUCGGGUGGGGAAGAAGUGCAGGGAUCCGGUGCAGAUGCGAUGUCGGGUCGGGUCUCCCAAGGAGGAUCUUGAGGAAUUGUAGAUGUGGUGUGCAGCUUCAUUAAACAGGUAUAUGUGAGAUUUGAUUGGAUGAUGAAGAGUUGGUUCCAUGGACAUAUAAUUAAACUGUAAUGUAUUUGAAAUUGGAUUGUAAUAAGGAGUGGGGGG